CGAUGUGGUAGCAUAAGAGGAACCCUAGCCGGUCCUGCGGACCCUUCCUCCCCGGCCGCCGCCAUCCCCUGCGGCAACGCCCCCUCCCUUCUCCGCCGCCUGCCACCACCAACCCUGCUGGCCGCAAUCGCUCUUCGUGUCGUAACCACCCUCCGCUGCCUGUGCUAUUAUGCCUGGCGGCGUUUUAGGUGAAAUAAUCUCAAGGGAGCCGGAGGCGGAAGAAGAGUCAAUUUCCUUCUGCAGUCCAGACAGAAAGGAGAUCGAUUUCGGUUUGUGCGGCAAGCGCAGCCCAAAAGGAUUAAUUUUUAUUCGGAGUCUGUCCGUUGAGAAGUUGUAAUCAGGGCCCUCUUCCCUUUCCUGUAAUAAUCUCCCUUUUGGAGGAGAGCCGGCCUCAGUAAUAAAUAGAGGAUUGGGAGGAGUAGGAGGGGCCGUGCAUCGAUGGAAUAUAAGUUGGCGUCCCCUAUUUAUUUUUCGCCGACAUCGUUGUUGUGCCGGCCAAAAAAUUAAUAUAUAGGAGUAAGAGGGGUUGUCACAGACAUCAAUAAGGCCAGUUUUUGAUCCGAUCAGGGCAGGCGUUCCGACUUCAGUAAGGCCAGUUUUUCAUCCGAUCAGCCAUGAAGAAUAAAAAUGGUCGUCGCAGACGCAAUAAAGCAGCUCGCAAGGAAGCUAGUGCUGGCAAUGGAGAAGGAGACAGGCUUAGCAAGCUGCCCAAUGACCUUCUGCUCAACAUUCUUGAGAGGGUGGACACGCUUGAUGCAAUAAGGGCCUGCGUCCUGUCCAAGCAAAUGCUUAAGCUACCCACCAUGCUCUCGCAGUUCUUCCUAAGUUUUGAUUCCAUUCCAGCUUACCAUGAUAAAGCUCGUGUUUCCAGCCUCAGCCUGAGUGACGUGUUUCGAACCAACAGUGCUGUGGCUCAUGUUACAGAUAACAUCUUGACCACAAGGAGCCCGGAGAUCACCAUCAGCAAACUCAAAAUCAGAUUUAUCUUGAUGCAACCUGACUCUCUCACUAUUGGCAAAUCUGUGGCCAGCGCCAUGGCAACACAGAAGGUUGACGCUGCUGAGUUUGAGAUUGUAACAGAGAAGCCUUAUAAGAUCUGCUCUUCCGCCGAUCUCCUCCACCAUGGGAAGCAGUUCAAUGAUUUUGUUUGUGCUUGUCCAAAUGCAUUUGCUGGCCUUAGGCGCCUGUGGCUGCGCAAUAUGAGGUUUGGUGCACUGGACAUUCCCAACAUCCUCACCACAUGCAAGCUCUUGGAGUCUUUGCGUUUAACCCAUUGCGACUCAGGGAUCCAUUCUGUGCUGCAAGUAGAGCAUGCUCAACUUGUUGAGCUCUUGGUUGAUUAUGGGCAGUUUGAGAGAGUUGAGCUGAUAUGUCUACCAAAACUCAAACAUGUGGCCUAUACUAAUUGGUCCUCUUGUGAAGAUCCCAUGUAUUUUGGUUUUGUGCCACAGCUUUCAAAGCUGAGCCUUACUAAAAUUGGCGUCCGUUCAGAAAAGAAUAUUGAGUUAAGUCAGCUACUUGCUAAUGUUCCUUCCAUAAGCGAACUACAUCUGGAUUUUAGAAGUGAAAAGAAUUGGAUUAUCCCAGAAUGCCCGAAACUGCUCGCGUCUGUGCUCAGCAAACUACAGCAUGUGAAUCUGGACCAUCUUCCUGAAGGAUGUGAUUUAGCUUGGACAAUGUUUAUCCUUGAAGCUGCUCCCUCCCUAAAAGAGCUGUGCAUCACAGUAUGGGAUCAUUGGUGCAUAAUUUUCACUGACAAAGAGUUCCGGAAGGAAAAUGGUUUCUGCGAUAAGGCAGACGUGAAGUGGAAGCCAUAUGCCCCUAAUUUCAAGCAUAAGAAUCUGGUUAAGCUCACCAUCUACGGCUUCCAGCCUGAUGACAACUUUGUGCGAUAUAUCAGGUGUGUCGUGGAAGCUGCGGUUAAUGUGGCAGAGAUAUCUCUGUACGACAGAGUGGUGUGUGGGCGCUGUGGUGACUUGGAUCCUGAGAUCAAGGACAUGGUUUGUCCAUCAAGAUAUCCAUGGACUGCUGAGGAGAGGACACAAGCAACUGAGGAUUUGGGUUUGCCUUCGCGUGCUGCGGUUCACUUCCGGUCCUAAUUGAAAUAUGAUUUGCAUGAUAUUCUUAUGUUAUUUACUUUGCAAAUCAUCUGUCCUAUAUCUUUUAGUUUGAAGGAAUUACUGAACUUCAUAAUUCUGUAGCUACCAAGCCUGUACUCUUUCUUUCCCUUCAAUUCAAGCUUGUAACUAUUGCCCAAUGCUUGAUGCGUUGGAGUAUAUUUGAUGUGUCCACUUCAUCUUGAGGCUGUCCAUUGCAUUAAAAUUUGAUACUAUAGA